UUUCAAGAUUGUCGCGACGACCUCUUUGCAAAACUCACCCUCCGACAAUACUAACCCCAACGGCAGCACUCCAGAUCUCUACAGAGGCACCCGACCUUCGCCCAGAGAUUUGAUACCCCCUCACCCUUUUCCUUCUUUUCAGAUUUCAAGGAACAGGAACGAUGUCGUCUUUCGAGUCGGUGGUCGUCAUUGACGGCAAGGGCCAUCUCCUUGGUCGUCUUGCCUCCAUCGUGGCCAAGCAGCUUCUCAACGGCCAGAAGAUCGUCGUUGUCCGCACCGAGGCCCUCAACAUCUCUGGCGAGUUCUUCCGCGCCAAGCUCAAGUACCACGCCUACCUGCGCAAGAUGACCCGUUACAACCCGACUCGCGGUGGUCCCUUCCACUUCCGCGCCCCGUCGAGAAUCUUCUACAAGACCGUCCGUGGCAUGAUCCCCCACAAGACCGCUCGUGGUGCCGCCGCCCUUGAGCGCCUCAAGGUCUUCGAGGGUGUUCCCCCUCCCUACGACAAGCAGAAGAAGAUGGUCGUUCCCCAGGCCCUCCGUGUCCUGAGACUGCAGCCCGGCCGCAAGUACUGCACCGUUGGCCGUCUCUCCCACGAGGUCGGCUGGAAGUACCAGGACGUCGUUGCCAGACUCGAGGAGCGCCGCAAGGCGAAGGGUGCCGCCUACUACGAGCGCAAGAAGGUCGCUCAGCGCCAGCUCACCGACGCGAAGAAGAACGCCAAGGUCGACCAGAAGACGGCGCAGGCCCUCGAGGCCUUCGGCUACUAAACGUGGCCGACAAGUCCCCUUCGAUUGUAACUUGGGUUGCUGCAGGUGGACGGAGGAGGAGGAGGAACGAGGAGGGCUUUAUUCCCCGUUGGCCGCCACGCCGCCCCCACCACCAUCCCCCGCGGUAGUCUGAAGUUUUUUACAAAAGACCCGGAGGGUGAUUUCUCGCGCAUUUCUGUCCUCUUCCUCGCGUUUCCUCAUUAGAUUGGCGUGGGCGGUUCAUAAGGGAAAUUUCUUCAUUUGCUGAUGGCACACAAUGGGCUGGUCAUUGGAAGGGGAAAACAAAAGAUGAUUUCGGGGGGGAACCGGAGAGGAGGACAGUGUUGGUUUUCUUCCGAGU